AAAAAAUUAGUAUUUCCAAAUAAUGACAUCAAAUAAAUCGGCUGAUAGCUAUAACGGUGCAGAUCACGAAAAAUUCUCGUGGUCACAGAGUAUAAAUGAUAUCGAUGUGAUUGUGAAGAUUCCUUGUGGUUUGAAGUGCCUUGAUGACCUCAAAAUUCAUGUCUCGAUGAGGGGAAUCAAGGUCGAGUCGUGUACGAGGAAUUUCAGGACAGGUGAUGGGGAGUCAGACUGGUGCGUUAUUUUCCAGGGAGAGCUGAGCUACGAAAUUAAAAGUACAGAGAGUAUUUGGACUUUCGUGCCUGGAAAAUAUGUUCACAUCCAUUUAGAGAAAUUAUCGGAGAGAUGGUGGGAGUCAUUGACCACCGAUGAAACCAAGAUCUCAUUAGACAAAAUUGAUUGUUCGCGUGACAUUGACGACCUGGACCCCCAAGAGCAAAUGACACUGCAAGAAUUGAUGUGGCGCGAGCAUGAAAAAAAUUUGAGGAGACUCGAGAAAGUGACGGAACAAUAAGGUGCAUUGUUUUGGUUGAUUCAAUUUUAAUUCAUGAAGAUUCAACGAUCAACUCAGAAUCCACAUGAAUGCUGCAGGUAUUUUCCUUCUUCACUAAUUGCCCAACGAUGCUGAUGGAAAUGUCAAGUUUUCGUACUGGAGAACACAAAUUUCGAAUUUUGGAGAUGAUCACAUUCACAUCAUGAGUAUUCCUAACUGACAUAAAUAAUAUCCCUGUCUACAUUACGGUAUCUCGUGCGGUCCCGAUGUUCUCGUGCUCUACCGGACCCUCAGUUUGCUGAGUUCAUUCCGGUUUCUCUGGCCAUAUGCACGUAAAUACUUAUUACAUUUAUAAUGUGGGCUAAUCACAUUGACCUACAAAUAUUGAAUGAAGAUGCCCUGAACUUCUUCGUAUUGCAAAAAUUAUUUUUCUUAACACGGCGUUUCUUACGUCGAAACCAAAAAAAAAAAAAAAUGACACGAUUCUAUUCUUUUUUAAAUUGUUCUUUAAUUUGCGGUGAAAAUUCUUCAGCUUUUCGCCAUUUGACUGGCGAAGCAGUUGAACGAUUCAAAUCGAUUUUGGCUAUUGCACCUUUUAUCAUAACAACCGAGUUCAUCAAAGUCCAACCAAUUAAAAUCGACUAAUUCCGUCGUACUACUUUUACGUAUCGUAAUCCUCGAUUGCAAUAAUAAUCACUCAAUUAAUUCUCCGCUUCGAACACAUGCCAGAAUGAAUGCAACCGUACAAAUCCGUCAUCACCCAUAAUCAAAGUGGGCUAAUCACAUCGUCCCACAUUCGAUUAAUUCCUAAACUAAGUCCAUCAACUCGCCAAACACCCUAAAAACACAUUUAAAACGUGUUCAACACCUUCCCCUCUCACCUUCCAUUGCCAUAAAACUCCCCCAACCAUUCAAUUCCUCCACGAAAAAGAAAACCUAUUAAUAACAUCUAUCAAUCCCCAUCCAAACUCAUAAGCAAUCUGCAACAGUGGCAUUUUAUCAAGUCCCUCUUGGAAUUUCUCAGCUUCGACUAGAUUUUCUCCAACAUUAACCUGUUGCUUUGUAUGAGUGCCUGAAAGAAGAAGGACAGGUAACUCUGUCGGCCUGGGAUCUCGUCUUUCAGAUAUUCUCAAACGGAGGCUCUCGCACCUGUCGCUCAGUUCACCAAAAUCUCCAUCACUUGGAAUAAAUUGUCCAGUUGAACCGAACCAAAUUGAAAAGCCUUCGGAGAAAAAAAAUUUAAAAACCACUUCGAGAGAGAGG